AUGGCAUUAAUAGGAAAGAGGAGGAACUGGCGAAGAGCCCCUGUCUUCGAAAGCUUCCCAUCAGGCAUCAAGGUCCUGUUCGACCCUCCCGAGGCGACUCUCGAUGUAGUAUUUGUUCACGGUCUUACCGGUGACAGAGAACGAACUUGGACGAGUCCCACACCGGAAGUGCUGACGUUUGGAUACGACGCUUACGUCGUGCGAAAACAUGGCGAAGUUGCCCAAAUUGACAUCUCUCAUCACGCAAAAGACUUGCUCAAUACCCUCGUCAAUGAAAGACAAGACCAUGCGUCAGCUACGAGGCCUAUCAUUUUCGUCGCUCACAGUCUCGGGGGCGUCUUGUGCAAGGAUGCUCUCCGUGCCUCAGAGGUUAGUGGAGACAUGCAUUUAGAAUCAAUUACAAGUUGUACAUGGGGUAUCGCAUUUAUCGGGACGCCGCACGGGGGAAGCUGGCUUGCAACGUGGGCUAAACUCCCUGUCACGAUACUGGAUAUUUUGAAGAGGACAGAUGUAACCCUUUUGUCACUAUUAAAGCCGAAUUCUGAAGUACUGGCUCGAAUACAUGAUGACUUCCUCUCCAUGAUUCGACGACGAGGCUCGGACCACAGACAAAUCGAGAUUGCAUGUUUCUACGAGACUAUGCCUCUACUCGGCAGAGUCCAAAUCGUCGACCAACCCUCCGCUACAAUUCCAGGAUUCAACAAUAUAUCAAUUCAUGCAGAUCACCGAGAUGUGGCACGGUUCGCAUCAGCAGACCAUCCAGGUUGUAAGAGCAUUAUAGGUGUCCUCGGACGCUGGGCGCGACGAGGUGCGGCAGAUGGUGGUUUAAAUGCCGACGCAGAAGCUUUCCUCGAGACACUGUCCUUCUCAGAAAUGGGCGUCCGGCAAGCCAUCAUUGAACGGGCCGAGUCGGGCACGUGUAACUGGAUCUUGCAAAACCCCGCCUACAAGGCCUGGGCAAAUUGUGAGGAUCUAGAUAAAUCACAUGGCCUCCUUUGGGUCAAAGGAAAGCCCGGCUCAGGCAAGAGCACAUUGAUGAAGCACAUUGCCUCCAAAACCCCUAAACCAAAAGGGACAGUCCGACUCGUUUUCUUCUUCAAUGCCCGUGGGACUGAGCAAGAACGAAAUGCCGAGGGAUUAUUCAAAACUUUUCUUCACCAGCUUAUCAAUGAAUCUCUCUUUAUGAGAAAUCGACUCUUAACGCUCUUCAGGAAAAAGAGGGCGAUGGCAGGGAAACGAGGGAUCAUCUGGAGCUCGGCAGAACUGCGGAAUAUAUUCUUUGAUACGGUCCAAUUCAACUCCAGAGCACCUGUGGAGAUCUUUAUCGACGCUUUGGACGAAUGCAACGAUGAGGAGGUCCGCGCAAUCAUUGCUGCAUUCGAAACAUGUGCUGCCGUUUAUAUGGCGAAGGGGUCCCGAAAUCUGAAGAUCUGUUGGUCUAGUCGAUACUACCCGUACAUCAGCAUCGUGCACGGUUUCGAGAUCAAGGUGGAUAACAUGAACCUUGAAGACAUUGCCUUAUACGUGAGCCGCCAUUUGGCCAGAUCGAGACGUCGAGAGUCGCUCCGCUGUCUAGAGCCAAUUAUUGUGAAGAAAUCCAAGGGCGUAUUUCUGUGGGGUGUUCUUGUUGUCAACAAGAUAUGCAAACUUGCUGACAAAGGUCUUCCUAUUGCCAGGAUUCAAAAGGUCAUACACGAUUUACCAGACGAGUUGAGCACGCUCUACAGCGACAUCUUCGCGACCCUUGAUCCUGAAUUGGCGGAGGACACUGCAAGCUUGAUGUACCUCGUCUUGUAUGCUACCAGACCGCUAGACACGGAUGAGCUUCGACUCGGCAUCGAAUUCAUGAGACAAUGCUACCCUGCAGCCUUGCACGACUUCGCAUGUCUAACGGAACAAGUCUCAUACUUUCAGCUCUUCAUUACCGAACUGUCCGGAGGUCUUCUCGAAGUCGUUGACUCUGGUGUGCCCGUUGGUCGUCGACCUCAAUCUUCAGCCGAUUUAGAAGUGAUGCUUGGUGUCAAGGAUUAUGCGCAUGACACAUUACCAGAGGAGAAGAAUCCGCAAGUGCCGACCCAGGAGGAUAGUGACGUAGAAACGAGAUGGAUUGUUCAUGUCAUUCACGAAACUGUCAGGGAUUUCAUGAUGGCCGAUGGUGUGUGCCAUCUUCCCGGGCGUUCAUCGCCUCUGGCAAUGGAUUCGUCUAUGGGGCAUUUCCGCCUCUAUCAAAUGUGCAGUCGUAUAAUAACUACCGACGAGCUGAGCUGCGUCAUCACAGAGCGACAGUGCAACGACUUGUUCACAUCGACUCCAGAUCUAGUUACCAAGGGCUCCCAAUGGCUAGGGACAACAAUCGCAAAAUAUGUCCUGGAGAACAUCUGCUUCCAUCUGGUCAAUUCUGGAUUCUGGGAUCCAGCCUACUUGCGACAGUAUCGCAAACCGCUACCACCAGACCUCAGUAACGAAUUUCGAACAGAGCAUCUCACCCAAGUCUUAUUAAGAUGGCACUGCAUUCGCGUAGCCAGCCAGCGUCCCGCUGGGCGUCGGCAUGCUAUCUUGGGCAACGGCCUCGAGUUCAAUUUUGAUACGGUUCGAUUCGCACAGCCCGUCAUGGAGUCAAUGAAUCUCAGCUGGAACCAGUUUGAUGCCUGUGCCUCGGAUGCACAUAUGUGCUUGUGGACGCUACGUAUGCACUUUGCUUGCACUGGUUAUCACACGCUGCAAGCAGCGGUUGCUGCAGUGGCGCAUCACGGAAGCGAUAGUACAUUAGCAGAAUUUUUACAAUUCCAUAAUCGGCGGCGGGCGCAUCAGCGCCUUGGUCCGCUUGAGAUCUCGCGACUAGGGGUCACACCCUUGCAGAUGGCAGUGGAUUCUGGCAGGCCUCCGGUUGUGAAGAUGUUGCUAGAACAUGGCGUGUUGAUAAACCCAUCCGGUUCAAUAUGGGGUAAAACACCGCUCGGGGUCGCCGUGGAGAGAGGAAUGUCGUCCAUCGUCUUCGAAUUGGUUAAGCAUGGUGCAAAUGUGAAUCUGCCAUCCAACUUUAGGCUCCCCUUGAUCAGUGCUGCGUCUCAGGGCUACUCGGACAUUGUGCAGAUGAUGUUGGACCACGGAGCAGAUGUCCACGCGAAAUCUGAUGAAGGACAGAAUGCUUAUGAGGUGGCAUUACAGGCAGGUCAUGUCAAGAUUGCCGAGAUGCUCAAGGAUCUGGUCGCGGAAGAUGAAGACCAGAACACCAAGUCCACGAUAGACCUGGCGACCGCCCCUGUGCACUAUGAACAAUCACAAGCGGAGCACCCGACGGAGACAGGGGCUUUUCAGCCGUUUAAAACCCCUCAAUCUCAAGAAAUAUGUGCAGAGUCCUCAUCGGCUCAGCAAUUGGAGACACAUAUGCUUAUGCAAGGGGAAGAUUGA